CUCAAGGCCAGAGACAGAAAAUCACAGGUUCCACGUUUUCCCUGAAUAUUUGUAACUUGACUGUUCUUUUAAUGAUGCAGAUAUAAUAACUGUGCUAUAUUGUUACAAGAAGAAUGAUAUUGAGUGAGAAGAAUUGAUGGGUAACAUCAGAUAUGAAAAACACAGGAAGGAAAGUGAGUGUGAGCAGUGAUGACAGUGGUGAGAAUCCAUAUCCACAAUUGGCGGCAGGAGAGCCCCAUGGCAGAACAAAAACAGAAUCCGAUAGUUCUCAUCACCUUCAACACCGUUCAAGAGAAAGAAGACCAAGCCGCAGUCCCCGUCAGAGUUGUCAUUUUCGACAAGAUUCUCCACAUUAUUGGAAUUGGCCCCCACGCUUUGCAAACUUUUCUUCAAACCCUAGGAAAUCAAGUCCAAGUCCGAAACAAAAGCAGCAGCAAUCCGAUUCCCUCCCAUGUAAUGUAAACAAAGAAGGCAACAGCCAACACAGAUAUAAACCAAAGAGUGGAUACCAAAGUCCCGCAAAAAGUGCAUACCACAGUUCAGGAAGAAGUGGGUAUCAUAGUCCAGGAGGAACUGGGUACCAUAGUCCAGCGAGAACUGGGUAUCAUAGUUCUGGAGGAACUGGGUACAGUAGCCCAGGUAGAAGUGGAUACCAUAGCCCAAGAGAAACAGGGUGCAAACCAACUGGAAACCAAGUGAGUCAGUCAGAAUGUAGAAAGACAUGUAAGAGUUCAGAUACUGCAAAGGAGAGUAGUUGUGAUGUUGAAAACCCCAGUAAAGACACUGUAAAUAAUGAAUAUGUUGAACAUUCGCCAUCAGUAUACAGAAUUGACAAUCCUCGACCAAUCAUGCAGAUACCAGUUCCUAUUUCAACACAUGGUCCAUAUGGUCCAGGUAGUCCUCUGAUAUAUGCAUGUCCUGACCCUACCAUGCUACCUUGCAGUGUAUGGGCACCUUUACAUCAAGCUCCUAUGUUUUACGGCUGUCCACAACAACAACCAACUAGUAUUGAACCCAGUGUGCAGUAUGCAGUCAGUGGGGAUAUUAGUAGUCAGUUACUUUCAGUCCUUCAGCCCAACAUUGUUACAGUACAAACAUCUUCAGUGUCUCAACCGCUGCCCUCUACAGAUGCUGACUCUAAGGCUCUACUAGCGCUACUCAGAAAACAAACACAACAACCAAAUGCAAAUGGCAGUCCUGCACAUGCUACAGGUUCAAGUCAAGUGAAGACAGUUACUUUGGAUUCGCAGUGGAUGGCUGCGACACAGUGUUUACCAAGCUGUGAUGAUAGGAAAACGCCACCUACCAAGGAACAAUGUGAAACUGCAGCUUUACAAGUCACAUGUCAUAAAUCCGAUUGUAGUUCUACCUGUACUGGUUCAUCGGAAUCUUUACCAGCUAUUGGUGUCUUCUGGGAUAUUGAAAACUGUCCAGUAUCGGCAAAUAAAUCGGCUCUCACAGUUGUACAGCGUGUCAGAGAGAAGUUCUUUUCUGGACAUAGAGAGGCAGAGUUUAUGUGUGUUUGUGAUGUCAACAAAGAAAGUAAAACUGUCGUCCAGGAACUCAAUGAUGCCCAGGUCACUGUGGCACAUAUAAACGCAACUGCCAAGAAUGCAGCGGAUGAUAAACUCCGUCAAAGCUUAAGAAGAUUUGCUGACACUCACAAUUCACCAGCUACUGUUGUACUUAUUUCUGGCGAUGUCAAUUUUGCUAAUGAUCUAUCAGACCUUCGGCAUCGACAUAACUUAAAAAUAAUACUCGUACAUCGACCUGAAGUUGCUGAUGCAUUGUUAGCAUGUGCCCAUGAAACACUAUGUUACACUGAUUUAUUAAGUGAUGUACCGUUUCGAGCUCCAGUUAAGGUAACUUCUUCACACACUGAACUGUUAGUUGAUAAUAUACCCACUGGUGUUGAUACCAAUCAUAUACGAAAUAGACUGCUUAGACUCUCCAACAACUGUGGUGGGCGUGUCAUUAGUGUUAAAGCAAAUACAGCAGUGUUGAAAUUUUCCACACCAGAGCAUACAGCAAGGGCAAAGAAAAGACUUCAAGGAGAAGAUGUAUUUGGUAAUAAAAUAUCAGUAUCAUUUGCCAAUGGAAAGUCAAGAUCACAUAACGGAAAAAAUGGCAAUGGGUCUCAGAAUAAAAAAGAAAAGGAUAACAGCUCAACAGAAAAUGACAGCGAGACUGAUGAAACAGGCAAGUUCAACCGUGGAGCUUUAAUGAUUCAACAACAACUGUACCAAGAGAAGCAAGAACAUCAAAAUGGGUUUGAUCCCAGUCAAGUCUGUUACCAGUUUUCCAAUGGUGAAAAUGCACCAUUACAACAAGCCAUUGAAAAUGAAGUCACAAAAGUAGAAGAAGAUCCAGAUAACAAGGAGAAUCAGAUUGAUGCAACACCGGAGUACCCCAAGAGAAUUGCACCUGUAGAACAUGCUGUCUUCAAAAGACCUAGAUCUUUACAGAGUCCUGUAACUGUGCAACCUGUCUAUGGUCCCAUUCCAACAUACAGAAUAUCACCAAUACCCUCCUGUAUGCUGAGCACAGCACCAACAAUUCCUCAGUAUCCCAGUGGAAUUGAAAUAUUAGUCAGUAACUUGGAUGAGAAUUUACCUAAGAGAGAACUUAGAAGAAUCUUAUUAUCUGUUUUCAGAGAACAUUGCAAGGUAUUGCAUGUUGCAUUAAGUAGCGGCCCGUUACAAGCAGUGGUACGGGUACCGAGAAUGGCUGACGCUCACAUUGCUAUUGCGCAUAUUAACAGGCAUAAAAUUGGAAGUAAAAGGGUUAAUGUAACCCUUGCACCUAAUCCUAACUCUGGAUUAGAUUACUUGAGAAAUCAAGUAGUAUCCAUUUUAAGUGAUAUUCAUGGUGGAAGUCUUCCUUUGUUCAAAUUCUCAGAAAUCUAUGAUAAUAGGUUUAAACGUCCAUUACAUGUUUCUGAUUUGUAUCAAAUUCCGGAUACUGUGAUUAUACAGGACACUCCAACAGGACGCAUGGUGUCAUUAACAUACUAUGUAUGCAAAGCAGACAAACUGCCGCAACUACCAACAGGAUCUCGGAACUCACCAAUUAUUAUCAGUCCUAUUCCAUCCAGAGAGCCAACCCCUGAGCCAUGUGAAGAGUAUUGUUCUGUACAUGAUGAGUGCACUGAGGGGGAUUAUACUUCCCGUGGUGAGAAUCCAUGUAUUGUGGAACCACUGAAAACAUUCUCUGCACAAGUCCAUACAUUAUUACAAAUCCAUGAUGGUAGAAUGCCUCUUAUUAGCUUUGCCAUAUGUUAUGCCACUGAGUUUAGACUGUUAAAAAUGGAUGACAAUAAUGGUGUACCAUUGGAACACUUACUGACGUGCAUUCAGGGUGUUAGAGUAGCUAUAAGUAGACAAGGAUUCAAGACUGUAUGCUGGACCCAAAAUAAUUGUAGACCACCCACUCCUGCACCAGGUGGUGUUUUGAGAAGUCCCAGUCCAAUCUUAACACCUCAGUUAUUCCAGUUCAGUAAAGAAGUAGUCGAACUGCUGAAAAACAGUUCACAUUGUCGAAUGUCUUUCAGUAAAUUCAUUCCUGCUUACCAUCAUCACUUUGGUAGGCAGUGUAGAGUGGCUGAAUAUGGUUUUACUAAACUCAUUGAAUUAUUUGAUGCUAUACCUCAUAUUAUACAGGUAAUGGGGGUGUAUUGCGCCAAAACGUUAACUCUGACCCACAGAUCUCAAGUAAAGCGUUUUACUCAGGAUCUUCUCAAAGUCUUGAAAUCCCAAGCAAGUAAACUGGUGUGUAUGGCAGAAUUUCCUGUCGCUUAUCAACGAUGUUUUGCCAGAGACUGGCAUGUAACUGACUAUGGUGUCUGUGAAUUACAAGAUUUAUUGAAUGAACUUGCUGAGAACACAGUCAUGAUAUCUGGAUAUGGUGACGAGAUGGUAAUUUCUAUUCCCAGGAGAGAUCAGACUCCAGAAGAAAUUAUUAAGACCAAAAAAUUUGCAAAGGAUGUGAUAGAUAUGUUGCGUCACCAGCCAAGAUUUCGUAUGGCUUUUUCACGGUUCAUUCCUGCUUAUCAUCAUCAUUUUGGACGGCAGUGCAGAGUAGCUGAUUAUGGCUUUAAUAAGUUGAUUGAAUUAUUUGAAGCUCUUAAUGACACUGUUAAGGUUUUUGAACAUGGAGAUGAGAAGAUUGUGUGUCUGACUUAUGUAGAACAGCUCUCAGUGGUUGCUAAGCAGUUCAUCUAUCUAUUGAGAAGAAAUAGAGCACAAAGCCUGCUUUUAGAUGAGUCUUUAUUGAUCUAUGCUAAACAAUAUGGUCACCCACUCUGCUUGGAUGAUUUCAAUGUAACCUCUGUCACUCAGUUGAUGAACAAAUUUCCAUGCAUUGUGCAGGUGAUUGGUCAUGGUUCAAAUGCAACAAUAUGUUUAAUAGACAGAACAUGUCUUCAAGAGUUUGCACAUCAAACCUUGGUACUCCUGAUGGAACAAGACAAUGGCCGUCUUUCAGUUGACGAGUUUGCCCAUGCAUACUUUCUUAUGUGGUCUCAUAGAAUUACACCAAUAGAAUAUGGAUUCAGUAAAAUUACUGAUUUACUGAAGGCAGUGUCUCAUAUCUGUAAAGUGAGGAAUGAAUGGACAGAAGACAGCUAUGUUGAACUAAUCCCUCUACAUCAGUUUGCAAGGAAGGCCAGACUGUUACUACGGAAACACCAUGGUGCAAUUGCAUUUAUGAAAUUUGCUGAGGCAUAUCUUCAAAUGUUUGGUAACAUGCUCCAGCCAAGUCAGUAUGGGUGUGGCAAUUUGAGUGCAUUGUUGGCUUUAGUUCCACAAGUCUUGUCAAUAACAGGAAGAGGACCUGGGAAAACAGUCACUCUUAACUCGGAUCUGAAAGGGCGUAGUUUUAAAAGAACCAAGUCGUAUGUAGAAGGAGGUAAAGAUGGUGGAGAUGUCAUCAUAGAAGAUGAAGUUCCAGAUGAGGUAAAUUGUCGUGAAAAUAAAAAAAAUGCCAGAGUAUUUAAAGAACCAGUUGUGCCAGUAAAAGUGAAAUCAGUAAAGGAAGGCAGUCCGGAAAAGGGUCAAAAUAUUUCUGCAAGUAACAAUACAGAACUGCUGGAUAUGAAAUCGCCUGAAGAUUUAUUAUGUCAUGGUUUUGCUCCUUCUGGAUUGCCAUCACCAGCAUUAAUACCAGAAUAUAUACAUAAAGAUCUGAUCUCCUUUGAAUCACCACCACCUCUACCAUCAAACAUAGAUUAUAUGAUGGGGUCCACAAAAGAUAGACCAAGUUCUCUUGAUCAACACUGGCUUGAUGCAAAUGAUGGUAAAAUAUAUGGGCUUCAUCACCGUGACAACACUCCUGUGCAACCUUCGGAUGAAGAUGACCGAAGUUCACUAUACAGCAAUGCAACAAAUAUUUCUAGACCACGGUCAAGAAAAGGCUAUCCAAAAUGCAAGAUUGCUGCUAAUUUUUCUGUUCCAAUACAAAAGUAA